AUGACAUCCAGCUCUGAGGAUGUCAAGACGUUCACAGGCAUGUUUGAUCGUGGGCAGAUUUAUGACAAGGUCCUGCAGGAGGCCAAAGCGGCUGCAGCCUCGUCGAAGGGCGGCUCGCUGAUCUCGAGUGGCGUCCCAUGCGCUGCAGCACGACAUAUUGACAUCCGACGAUGGAUCGAAUAG